AGACACUGAAUAAGGAGUUUCUCUAAAGCUCUCGGAGUCGAUCUCUUUGGCAUUAUCGCGCAUCACACAGCACCGGGACACCGCUUCUUUUCCAGAAGCAGCUGGUGACAGCAGCGGAUCUCAGGUGUCAGGAAAUAUCGUGUGUUCAUCCGGACAUGGCCCGGCGUAUUUUGCCUGCGGUUGCUUUUCUGUUUUGUAUCGGAUUAUCGAAUGUGUUUGAGGUUAAAGCCAGAUUCCAGAACUCUGUGGCCCUCCACAGGCAGAAGAGAGAAUGGAUCAUCCCUCCCCAAAUCUUAGAAGAGAAUGUGGAUUACACCAAGAGAGAAUUCGUUGCAAAAAUUCGCUCAGAUAAGGAAGACCUCAAACAUAGAAAUGUGAGGUACAAACUGAGGGGCAUCGGUGCAGACCAGAGGCCGUUCAAUUUAUUUGUUGUGGAUCCUGAAAAUGGAUAUGUAAGGAUAACAGGGAUCCUUGAUAGAGAGACCAUCGCACUAUACAAUCUUUCAGGCAUUGCUGAAUUCAUAAAUGGCACAAUUGCAGAGAAUGACAUUGGGUUGAGAAUAAAAGUGAAGGAUCAGAACGAUAAUUCACCUGUUUUUGGGCCAAUGGUACCUGGGAAUGUGAGCGAGCUCAGUGAUGUAGAAACACCAGUUAUGAAGGUUAAUUGCUUUGAUGCUGAUGAGGUAGGAAACCUAAACUCUCAAAUCAAGUAUGAGAUUGUUGAGCAGCAGCCAGCUGGGGAUCAAAUGUUCAGAAUUGAUUCUGACGGGACAAUCCGUGUUACCAAUCCUAAUCUGGAUAGAGAGACUAUUGAUCAGUAUGUCCUGCUUGUCAAAGCAUCUGAUCUGUACGGAGCCCAAGGCUGCAAUGUCGCCACAGGAACAGUCACCAUCCAGAUCAAUGAUGUCAACGAUAAUGUGCCUACAUUGGAAGGCCCAUUUGAAGCCACUAUUGAGGAAAAUACAGAGAAAAUAGAGGUGAUGAGACUUAAAGUGUCCGACAAGGAUCUUGAGAACACAGACAACUGGGUGUCUAAUUGCUUUAUUGCAUCAGGCAAUGAGGCUGGAUACUUCAGCAUUCAAACGGACCCAAAGACCAAUGAUGCCGUCAUUAUGCUAGACAAGGCUGUUGAUUAUGAGAAUGUCAAAGACCUGAAACUUACCAUUGGUGUAAAGAACAAAGCUCCGUUCCACUCCUCUGUGACUGGAGGACAACAAGGAAUAGACAUAAACUAUGGUGGCACCGGUGCAGGAGGAGGAGGCGGCGGAGGCGGAGGUGGAGGUGGAGGUGGAGGCGGCGGAGGCGGAGGCGGAGGUGGAGGUGGAGGUGGCGGAGGCGGAGGUGGAGGUGGAGGCGGAGGAGCUGCCGGUUCAAUGUCAGGGAGUCAGAUAUACAAUGUGAACAUAAAGGUGAAAAAUCAGCCAGAAGGACCCAAGUUCAUUCCCCUAACAAAAGCCAUUCCCAUCUCUGAAGGCAAGACUUUUAACAGCAAGGAGGUCAUCGCAAGGUACCCGGCCACUGACACAGACACCCAAAAGGAAGCUACCAACGUCAAGUAUGUUAAAGGAUUUGACCCAGAUAACUGGCUGACCAUCGAUGAGAAAACUGGGGCCAUUAGAAUGAACAAGGCUCCUGACCGCGAGUCCAAGUAUCUAGUUAACGGCACUUACUACGCCCAGAUUUACAGCAUAACUCAAGACUUGCCUUCGAAGACGGCAACAGGCACCAUUGCCAUCCAGGUAGAAGAUUUUAAUGACCACUGCCCAACUUUGACAAGUAAAGUCAAGACACUUUGUACUGAAAAGGAUGCCGUCUUAGUCACUGCGGUGGAUGAGGAUGCACCACCCAAUGGAGCUCCAUUCAGCUUCAAUGUUGUCCCAGAAGGAACUAAGGGGAAAUGGACAGUCGAGUAUUUAAACGAAACCACUGCCAUCUUCAGAACCCAUGAAAAGCUGUGGCCAGGAGAAUAUGAGCUGACGGUGGAGGUCAAGGACCAGCAGGGAUUAUCAUGUCCAGAACCUCAGAAAUUUCAGGUGGAUGUGUGCACCUGUACCGACCAGGAAGCUUGUGACCGAACAGGAGUAAAUGGUCAAACAGGAGCAUUUAAGAAGGGCUCUAGAUUGGGACCUGCUGGAAUCGGCCUUCUCUUCCUUGGACUGCUUUCAUUAUUGCUCAUCCCACUCCUGUUGCUGCUGUGUCAGUGUGGAGCUGCUGGGAUGGCGGGAGCUUUCACAGACAUGCCCUUUGACACUAAAGAGCAUCUCAUCUCUUACCAUACCGAGGGCCAGGGAGAGGACAGGGAUGUUCCACUACUUGAUGUUGUUGACGGACGAAAGACGACUUUUGUGUCGAAAGACGGUGUGGGUGCUAUGUAUUUCGCAGGAGGAGCGUUGGGAGCAGGGGGAGCGUUAGGAGCAGGAGGAGCGUUAGGAGCAGGAGGAGCAGGCUUCCUGGAGUCCACUUCCACAAUGGGUGGCCGUGGCUACAAUGACAUGGAAAUGUCCUACUUGAACUCGAUCAGGAGAAGUGAUACUCUUAGGAGCAGAGAAAUGAUUGGUUUUGAUGGAAUGGGCGUGUCUGAAAUGUUCCUGGGUGAAUACUAUUCACAGAAAAGCCGUGCAAUUGAGGAUGGAUUUGGUAAGAAUGAAGCUAUGGUGUAUGACUAUGAAGGGAAAGGCUCUCCUGCGGGCUCUGUGGGCUGCUGCAGCAUCCUCGAAGAUAACAAUGACCUAGAGUUUCUCAAUGACCUCGGGCCCAAGUUCACUACUCUCGCUGAAAUAUGUGGCGGUAAAAAGAAGGAAGCCCCAGCUCCUCUUCCUCCCCCGGCCAAACCCAUCGUGGACCGUACCGAGGUGUCUUCAUCAACCAAUGUUAUAAAUUCUGGGAAUAUUACCACUAACAGAGCUAUAUCUUCAAAUGCUCUGAAUACAGCUUCCAACACGGCUAUGACAUCAUCUACUCAUGUGGAGAACUUCCUUGUCACAGACAACCGGCCCACAAUGAUUACGAGUGUGCAACCGGCUCCAACAGUCCUGAUGCAACCGCAGCAAAUGUACUACAUGGUGGAGCCGCAGCCCAGCCCGGUUCUGCUCACUGAAAUGCCCUCCAUGGGACAGAGCAUGUACGUCCUGAACAGCGGCCCAGUAUCCGAGGGGAUGGUAGUCCAGGGAGGCAACAUAGCAUCGAAUACCCUGACCCGCGGUGAGAGAAUGGUGCUUGUGGACAGAGGUGCACCGGCUCAGGCUGGGAUGCUGCACACAGGUAAUCUGUCUGGAUCACAAGUGCUCUUGGUGGAUGGGGGAGCCACAAGUGGUCAUAUCCUUCAGGGUGGUCAAGUCCUUCAGGGGACGCUUCAGAGAGGGUUUGCUGGAUCUCAGGGCGUUAUGGUUAUGGAAGGACAAGGGGGUCAACUGAUUCAGGGGACCCUCAAAAAAGGUGUUACUACUCAUGGUGGAUCUCAAAAUGUCCUUUAUGUGGAGAGCAAAGGGGGAUCAGGUGUGAGCCAGGGGGGUCUUCAAAUGGGCAUGUCGGCCACCACAGGGUCAUUUGGUAGUGUCGGAUCGGGUGGGACAUCUGUCCAGAUUAACCAAAACCCAUCAUCACACAAAGUUGUUGUCCAAGAGAGAAAAGUUGUGACAACACAAAGAAGCAAGUAACAACAAAUCACUCAUACAGUACUUGUACAGUCAUAAAAGUGUAAAUCAAGUCUUCAGAGCUCAUAAAUGCAAAUCAUUAGUUUCAUGUUGUCAACAUGU